AUGUCCAGCUGGUCAAACCACGCUGUUCCAAGCCCCUAUACUGUGUUCGUCAAACAACUACUGCUGUAUACCAAAUCUAUCAGAACGAAGAACGACGACGACAACAACAACAACGACGACAACGCCACCAACGACCCGAAAUCCAUAUCCAGAGUAUCGUCACGUAUUAUCGGCGGUACCAGUGCUCUCCGUUGUGAAUUCCCUUGGAUGGUGUACAUAUACAGAGAAAACAGCCCCUGCGGUGGCAGCCUCAUCGACGACAGACAUAUAGUGACAGCUGGCCACUGUCUGAGGUAAGAGGAUGCUGGGACACAUACCUAUGUUUGGGAUGAUAUUGCCAUCAUUAAACUGGAUCAACCGAUCGACUUUUCACGCUACGAGUGCCUGAGGCCAGUCUGUAUCCCUGAGCCUGGGAGAAGAUUUUCCAGAGUGUCUUGCACUGUAACCGGAUGGGGGGUGACACGGACAAACUAUACAUAUCUAGAUCCUCCCCUGUCAGCGAUACUACAGAAGGUGAACGUGGACAUCGUGGACAACUCCAUUUGUACAAGGAAGUUUGGGUCGAGCUACUUCAGGUCAACUAACUAUUGUGCGGGUGUCCUCGAGGAGGACGAGACUCGUGUGGGGGUGAUUCUGGAGGACCCCUUAUGUGCACUACAAGGGACAGAUUCGGCAGACAAACGUUAA